UCCCCUUUCUUCUCCCUCUCUCUCUCCGUCGUCUCUCUCUCUUCCCCUUCGGCGACGCUUCGCCGUUGCUUCUCUCCGUCGUUGCCACCGGACGGGCCUCACCGUGAUGUUGGGCGUUCAGCGAGUGGUUGGGUACUUGGCCCUGUGGGCCCUCUGUGCCCAGAGCAAGCCCACCGAGAAGAAGGACCGCGUCCACCAUGACGCUCAGCUGAGCGAUAAGGUCCACGACGAUGGGCAGAACUUUGAUUAUGACCAUGACGCCUUCCUGGGGGUUGAUGAGGCCAAGACUUUUGACCAGCUGACUCCAGAGGAGAGCAAGGAGAGACUGGGCGCGAUUGUGAGCAAAAUAGACACGGAUAAGGAUGGGUUUGUGACUGAGGUGGAGCUGAAGGACUGGAUUAAGAAGGCGCAGAAGAAGUACGUCUCUGAGAACGUAGCGCGCCAGUGGCAGGAGUAUGACUUGGACCAAGAUGGCUCCAUCUCCUGGGAGGAGUACAGGAAUGUCACCUAUGGCACUUACCUGGACGAUCCGGACCCCGACGACGGCUUCAAUUACAAGCAGAUGAUGGUGAGGGACGAACGGCGCUUCAAAAUGGCCGACCAGGAUGGAGACCUGCUGGCGACCAAGGAGGAAUUCACAGCUUUCCUGCACCCCGAAGAAUACGACUACAUGAAGGACAUCGUCGUGCAGGAAACCAUGGAGGAUAUUGAUAAGAACGGAGACGGCUUCAUUAAUUUGGAAGAAUACAUAGGUGAGUCGUGGCCAGAUCCUGCCUUUCAUUCGCUCAUGCCCCGUGUUCCCCUGGGGGUGUCUCCAUUGAAACAUUUGGAAAUGUCCCGGGUUGGCACCCAACUGGAUGAUCAAACGGGGUCACCGAUCUAG